AACGUAUGUCAAAAUCAAAACUGUCAAGUGAUGGCUGUCACUUCAGUCUGAAGGUUAGGUUAUGUUAUGUUGUUAAAAAAUAUAAAUGAACGCCCUUGCUCCUGGUUAGUGUUAGCACCUGUUAGGUUCUACGUUUUUAUUUCAAAUACAUUAUUAUUUCACAUAAGAUAAUUCCCGUUGUUGGAGUUUGGCAGUCACGGCUACUUGUAGUAAUUGGCGAAUACAAUACGCAUACAAGCGUAGCGGUUGCGAUGGACGUGAUGCUAGCGUGUCGCUGCUGCCUGCUGUGUCCCCCGGACAAAGACCUGACGACGCCGCACACACAUCUCGGCAAAACGGAGAUAUAUGCCGACAUGAUCAAGGAGUGUUUUGAUAUUCAAUUGCAGCUGGCAAUGGGCGGCUCGGGCUCGAGCGGCAUCUGCUGUACGUGCGUGGGCCGCCUGCGAGACGCGAGCGACUUCAAGCUGCAAGUGCAGCGCAGCCAGGCGGAGCUGCAGGCGCGCUCGCAGGGAGCGAGCCUCGUCAAAGAGGAAGAAUCUGCAGUAGAGUGUGAAAACCCAGAAAUGCAGGACACACAUGAGACUUGUGGGUCCGAGCCAGGUGAAGAGCCCGCGGUCAAGCCGGAGAUGCUGGAUGAAGACACACCUGAGGAGAUAUUGCAUGAAGAGUUCACAGUCAAGUCGGAGCCGGCGGCCGAGGACGAUGAGAUGUCGCUGUGUUCGGACAGCAGCGCCGCCCGCACCAGGGAGCAACUCGCGAUGGCUUGUUCCGUGGUGCUCGAGCGCCUCCACGGCGACGCGACUGCUCACAGCGAGGCCAAACCAAUCCCCUGCGAACACUGUGGUGAACGCCUUAGAAACGAAACUAUCUUAAAUAAACACAUUCAACAUACACACUUGCCGUCGGUGCCAAAACAAUUUGCUUGUGAUUUUUGUAGUUCUACAUUCCAAACUGAAUCACUCAAUUCAGAGCAUGAAAAAAUCGAACAUGGUGUCACAAAUUUAAUGUGCGCUCAUUGUGAUUAUUCAACAAUUUCCAAGAGAUGUUUAGUGGUUCACUUAAAAAGUCACUGCAGUUUCAAAAAUCUGAUUAAAAGUGGUUUACACAAACAUCAAGCGAUACUCUCCGUUGAUAAACAGACACACAAAAUAACACACCUGAAAUUAAAUACCAGAGUAGAGCCUUUUAAGUGUAGUUAUUGCGAUUACAAGUGUGGUCAUAGGUCACACCUAAGAACACAUGUAAUGACACAUACCGGCGAAAAGCCUUUUCAAUGUAGCGACUGUGCUUACAAGUGCAUUCGAAGAUCACGGUUGCAAAUGCACAUGAGAACACACACCGGAGAAAAGCCUUACGCAUGUAGUCACUGUGAGUACCGGUGCAGUCAAAAGUCAACCCUAAAAGCACAUGUAUUGACACAUACUGGCGAUAAGCCUUUUCAAUGUAGUCACUGUGCUUAUAAAUGCAGUAUCAAAUCAACCUUACAAAGUCACCAAAGAAUACACACGGGAGAAAAGCCUUACGCAUGUAGCCACUGUGAGUUCCGGUGCAGUCAUAAGUCAACCCUAAGAGCACAUGUAUUGACGCAUACUGGCGAUAAGCCUUUUCAAUGUAGUCACUGUGCUUAUAAAUGCAGUAUCAAAUCAAACUUACGAAGUCACCAAAUAAUUCACACCGGAGAAAAGCCUUAUGCAUGUAGUAAAUGUGAGUACCGGUGCACUCGUAGGUCAAACCUAAGAAGACAUGUAAUGGCACAUACGGGCGAGAAGCCUUUUCUAUGUAGUCACUGUGCUCGUAAAUUCAGUACAAGAUCAGCCUUACAAAGACACCAAAGAAGCCUUACGCAUGUAGUCACUGUGAGUACCGGUGCAGUCUUAGGUCAAACCUAAAAACACAUGAAAUGACACAGGCUCUUCA